AUGUGGACUUUCACAUAUCUCUGCCUAGUAGCUGGCGUAUACUGGACACAGGGAGUCUCGGCUGCUGUGAUUCAGGAGCGCGGAGUCCAACAAGGCUGGUCGCUGCAAGCUUCAAGUUGUCCAGCAGGAAGUGUACGCUGUGGGACCGCUGCAUGCUGCCCCUCAAGCUUGUUUUGUAACAAUCCAGGAAACUUCGAGGUGGCUGCAUGUUGCGCAACUGGAAGUGACUGCCGUGGAAGUGUCCAGGGUGCACCUACGUGUGCAGAUGGGGCCUGGUCACGCUGGCAGGGAGCAUAUGGCAAUAGCUUUUGCUGUCUCACUGAUAUGAUUGGCGUCUAUGAUUACUCCAGGCCUGUUGCUGGGACCUGUAUCCCUCCAGGACAGGCGGGAACGGCAACCACUGCACAGCUGGUAUCGAGAGGAACUGGCACCGCAACUGCCACUUCCACCGCGUCAACUUCCUCGGUUGUUACGACGUCUGCCACAGCCACAACCUCGCAGACAACGACUCGAACGACAACCAGCGCUCCCAGCGCGACUAAAGCUGUAUUCGCGCAUUACAUGGUGGGAUCGAUGAGAGCAGAUCAAGCACCUAUUGAUGUCAGAGACGCAAUAAAUGCAGGUUUUGACGGAUUUGCCUUGAACACCCACACUCUAGAGUCUACAGAUCAGUGGAACCUGAACACAAUCCAAUGGCUCCUAGAUGCCGCCCGGGGUACCGACUUCAAGCUCUUCCUCUCCUUUGACAUGAGCUGGGGACUGGAUACCAAAAGACUCGGCGCUUUCCUCACCAGAUUCUCGAGCCACGAGUCCUAUUACAAGGUAGAUGGCAGACCAUUCGUCAGUACCUUUUGGGGUGGGAACAUCCCCAACACUCAGUGGGAUGCGGAUUUCAUCCAACCCUUGGUCGCUAAUAAUUCAAGGCCGUUUUUCGUUCCUGACUUUGAUGAUUGGUCUGGUUGGCCGAAUAAAUUCUUCAACAACUUUCCUUCGGUGGAUGGCGCAUUCUCCUGGGAAGCUGCUUGGCCCGCCCCAGGCACUGGACAGGUCCCGGUUAGCGAUUCUGUUGACAGGAAUAUCCUUGCUCAGGCGCAGGCAGCGGGUAAAGUCUACAUGAUGCCACUGUCUCCCUUUCAAUUCAAAUGGUUUGGCGGUGAUAGAUGGUACCGCAUCGGCGAAAUCAACCUCGCCCAACGCAUGCAGCAGAUCUUGGCCCUGCAGCCGCACUUUGUCGAAAUGCUGACCUGGAACGACGCCGGCGAGGGCCACUACGUCGGUAACGUCUGGCCCGAGCAGAUCGCCGGCACCGAGAUCCCCAGUUACACGGAUGGCUUCGACCACCGAGCUUGGCUGCAAGUAUUGAUGCCCUUCAUGGAAGCAUACCGGAACGGUGUGAGGGAUAUUGCCCAGAUUCGGCCUCCUGGAAACACACCUGUUGGGGCUAUGUGGUACCGUACGCUCCUCACGUCGGCGAGCUGCUCAUCGGCGAUUACGAAUCAUGAGCAGGCGCAAGAUGCGAUUAAUUAUGCUGUCAUCCUCCCGGCCAGCGCGAGCGGAUACAGCCUCGAUGUAAUUAGCGAUGGUCAGGUUAUUGGCAGUUAUCCUGCGGGACCUGGUUUGAAUUAUCGUAUGGUCCUUGGUCUUCGGGCAGGGCAGAACCAGCAACUUGUGGUCCGUGAUCCCGCGGGGGCUAUCGUGUCGAGGGCAAGCGGGACCAAGGCGGUUCAGGCGCAGAGCUCCUCUGCCGUGUGUAACUGGAACUAUGAAGUUACGGGCUUGUCCUAA